GAGUCAAGAGUAACCGGACGCCUGUUGUGUUUGGUUAAGGGCAGAGUAAAGACCUACAGUGCCAUAAUAUAGCUGAUGAGUUUCAGGACCUUGGCAGGUAGCCUACUCAAGAGGAGUUGGAGGAAAAAGCCUUUCUAACAAGAAUCUGACUUCCAGACAACAUGAAGAUCUUUCUGGCUUUGGCUUCUGUGCUGCUGCUUGCUCCUCCAGAAUGUGUGCCACAAGCCCAGCAGCCCCUUUCUGACUACUGGGAGGACUGGGGACCGUAUGGCGCAUGCAGUCGCAGUUGUGGAGUUGGAGUUAGCAUGAGGACACGGAGAUGUGUGACACAGAGGAUAGAUGGAGGGAACAGCUGUGUGGGACCGGCUGUCUCCUACCGCACCUGCAACAUACAGGACUGUCCUGUGGGAUCCAGGGAUUUCCGGGAGGAGCAGUGUGCUCAGUUUGACGGAACAGACUUUGAAGGAAUGCGUUACAGCUGGCUACCCUACUAUGGAGCAGGGAAACCGUGUGAGCUCAACUGCGCCCCCAGAGGAGAGAACUUCUUCUACCGCCAGCGCCCGUCUGUGGUGGACGGAACGCCCUGUUACCCAGGACGCACAGACAUCUGUGUAGGAGGCAUAUGUAUGCCGAUUGGCUGUGACAAAAUGCUGGGGUCUCCCCAUCGAGAGGACCCCUGUCUGCAGUGUGGAGGGACCGGAGAGUCCUGCUACCUCAUCAAGAACACCUUCACCACACGCCACCUGCCUCAAGCCGGGUACAAUCAGAUGUUUGUUAUCCCUUCCGGAGCCACCUCCGUCCGUAUCCGAGAGACCAUCACCACACGCAACUAUAUCGCGAUUAAGAAUCAACAUGGCGAAUACUACCUGAAUGGCCAUGGAGUGAUGGACUUCUCCCGUGCCAUACCUGCCGCUGGCACCCUGCUGUACUACCAGCGGGGUAUCGAGGGGGACACAACCCCCGAAACCAUCAUCUGCCGAGGCCCCACUUCUGAGCCGCUAACUGUAGAGUUGGUAACCCAGGGGAGCAACCUGGGGGUGGAGUUUGAGUACUACAUUCCUUACGACCACACUCCAAGCCACCACCCAGCCCAUACUCCAGUCCAUACCCCAGUAGACACUCCAGCCCAUACCCCGAGCCACAGCAGGACAGGGUACACGUGGAGCUCAGGCUCCUGGUCUGCAUGCAGCAGGGAGUGUGGAUCCGGGUUCCAGUCCCGCCCAGUCAUCUGUGCCAUUGGCAGUGAGGUCUUCCCAGACCACCUGUGUGCUGCCAUGCCCCGCCCUCUGAGCAACCGCACCUGUAAUGCGCAUCAGUGUCAGCAGUUCUACAGCUGGUCGAUAGGGGAGUGGAGCGCGUGCUCCGCCUCCUGCGGGCAGGGCAGCCAGACGCGCACCGUGCAGUGCGUCACUCACGACACGCUCAGCUCCCGCCUGGCGGCCGACUCCCACUGCGCCGCUGUGAGCGCCAGGCCCGCCACCCUGCAGGUCUGCGAGCAGCUGCCCUGCGCAGAGUACAGCGUCUCCAGCUGGAGCGGGUGUUCAGUGACGUGUGGAGAGGGCACGCAGACGCGGGAGGUGGUUUGCGUUGGGGGUAGGGCCGAACGGCUCCCAGAUUCCGCCUGCAGUUCCCUCCACCGACCACAUCCCACCCAGUCCUGCCAACAACCGGCCUGCCAGCUCCAAAUCUUCUGGCAUGUGGGGCCCUGGGGACUGUGCACUAUGAGCUGUGGCUCCGGGAUGCGUGACCGUCAGGUGGUCUGCUCCGACAUGGACCACAACCUGCACGGGGUGGACCACUGUGACGCAGCCUCCAGACCACAAACAACAGAGACCUGCAACAGUCAGCCCUGCCACAGCCCUCAGCUGGUGCCUAGUAUGCAGGACCCUAGAGGCUAUGACCGCAGCCCACAUCGUUUCCUGCCCCAUAUCCCUGAAGAGAACUCAGUCCACAGGCCAGUGGAGAGACCUGUGAGCAGGCCCCACUGCUCCCAGACCUACUAUGGCUGCUGCUCUGAUGGUCAGACCCCUGCCAUUGGCUUCCAAGGGGAAGGCUGUGCCCAGGAGCCCUGUGCACGCAGCAGUUUUGGCUGCUGUGCAGAUGGUGUGACAACAGCAAGUGGUCCCAACAGGGCAGGCUGUUUGGAGGACCACAGCCCAACCAGGACGGAGACUCAGGGACCGUGUCACACCUCUGCCUAUGGCUGCUGCUCCGACAAUGUCACCCCUGCAACCGGGCCUCAACAAGAGGGCUGUCAAACUCCCCCUACUGACGCCCACAGUUCUGCGUGUUCCCUGCCCUCGAGCGUCGGCCCGUGCGCCGAUUGGACGUCUCGCUAUUACUACGACUUCCCCACCGGCAGGUGUGUCCACUUCUGGUUCGGCGGCUGCCAGGGCAACCGCAACAACUUCCUCACGAGGGAGGAGUGCCUGAGGGGUUGCCACGUCGACGGCUCCACCCAGUCGCGCCCGGCGUCCGUGCCGAGCCGAGGCCCUGAGCCCGGCAGCACGGGGGGGUCGAGGAGAGUGUUCACGGUCAUCCGAGGGUCCGUCCGCCGGUUCGGCUCCAGCGCCGCCGCCCAAGCGCAGAGAGUUCGCGCUCCGCACCGUCGCCUCCGGCAAACCCCCCGCGGUACCGCCAAGUGAGCCCCGGUCACCACGGCGACGUGGCCUGCCGCCUCGAACCAGCGGCGGCCGCUGAGCCGAAAAUCGAGUGGGCGGAAAACUUCCCCUUAAACCGAUUAUUAAUCUUGUCGUGUUUCCAGUCAUUUUCCUUGAACAGGUUUGCCAAUAAAUAAUCUCGCCACAACACGCGACACUUCGUCGCUGUGAUGUCUGCACUGUGUCAUUCAUUGGGACGGAAUUGUUUUUUACAGUGUACACAAAAAAAGAUCAACUACUAUGUCAACUACCGAGUAGCGCUUAACUAUCCAGGGCUUCAAGAUAGUUUAAAUUGUGAAUGCCAUGAAUAUUUUUACCUAAUUCAGGAGAAAUUGGCUACUCUGAGUACUUUACAAUUUAAUCCUUUUGAUAAUCAAGGUAAAUUUAAAACAAGAUUUAAAAAGUCGAGACCAAAAAUCAGGGGAUGUUUUCUGCUCAGCAGCCAGUUCAAAGGGACUGCACUUUCUGUUCUUCAUCUGCCAGUAGCUUUAAAUGACAUUAAAACCUGUAGCGCAGAUCAUCCCUUGAGCUUCACAGCAUUAUGUGUUACAACUGCCACUACAGAUGUUAUUAAACCGA